AUGCUGGACACUUGUAUUGAUACUAUGCGCCCUACUAGCCCAACCAGCUCUGCAACUUUCGUCGAACAUUCCUCUCCUGCUUAUAGAGCAAGUCCCAAGGCUAAGCGUAAGUCUCGGUCUCUACGCAGGUCUCGGUCUCCCCUGGGGAACUACUCCUUACACUCUCCCCGGGGGAACUACACCUUAUGGUCUCCCAAGGGGAGCUGCUCCUCAUUUAACUCUGCUUUGUUUGACUCUGAGUCAGAGGGACAUGAUAUCCCUAUUGCAAGUUUUGUGUCCCUUGCCCCAGAGAUUCUGGGCGACACAAACAUGCCGCCUGAGGAUCUCAAAGUGGCUGUUGCUGCUCAGUAUGCCACUUGUGAGAAGCUUCGCCACCUUAUCAUGACCAGGAUCUGGCAGGUAGAAGAGGCGAGCAGGUGGACUAGUUUCUUGAACCAAUCCAUCAACAAGUUGAAGAAAGAACAUGAAGCUGCAGAAGAUGGGCUUCGACUCUGGAUUGAAAACACGCAGAAAGAGUGCACAGAGGUUUCUGAACCAUCCUCCAGCGUUACUACAAACCUCCUCAAAGCAAAGGAGUCCCUCAAGUUUGUGCAAGGUAAAUACAAUGAUAUGGAAGGACUACUUAUCGCACACGGGGUCACCGACACAGACUUGAUCAUGGCUAACGACGGUGGCGAAGACUCCGAAAGCGGUCGGGACUAG